GAGGCCAAUGCGCGAGUCUGUUGUUUUCGAGGAGACUGACGGCCUCGGCUCUCGUUUUCUAAGGGAAAGAGGAACUCGUCCUGUCUCUCUUUUCUUCCGUGCUGCCUUUCUCUCAGGAACCAGCGCGGUCGUCGGUUUCUGCUCUCCUUUAGAGAAAAACAGGUUCUUUGUCUUUUCGUAGAGUCUCCGCUGUCGCUGCCCAGCACCCGUGUCUCGCGUUUCACAGUUCCUUCCCAAAGACGAACCUAAGUUUCCUUCUUCAGUCUCGCUGCAUGCGUCUUCGGAGUGCUCAACUUCUCUUCGAUGCUUCCAAACAGGGCAGGUUUUUUUCGCUUCCUUACACGCAGGUCGUCCCCGCCCGCAAGGCCGACCUUGUUGGCUAGUGGGGAGCCUGAAUCUUCAGAUGUUGCAAAAAAUGGAAGAACUCCCUCUUACGUCUGGUAGCGAAAUUGGAUUGCCGUUUUUUUUCGGAAAGCAUGAACGAGGCUGAAGCACGGGCGACGUUUCUUCUGCUUUUUGGGGUGCUUUUUUACGCGGACUAGACUCGCCCCUUUCCAGGCUUUUAACAGCGGUCACCGCUGGAAAGGGAGACACUUGGUUUUCUGUCGCAAAGAAUUCUUUUUCUCGCUCACUCGAACGGCAUCUCACUCUUUCUCACUCUUCGCUUCGCCUGAAGACUGCCGGCCUUUCUCUUUCUUCUUCCUCUUCUUCCCCCCUUCCGUUUUUCUCCCUUCUCCUCGCUUCUGUUGCCUCUCCUUUGCAAUGUCGGUGAAGGACGCGGGGCCGGUCUCUACCGGGAACGCGGCGGUGGUUGCGGAGGCGAAGGCGUUGCUGGCAGAGUGCCGAGAGGCUUCUUCUUUGCGGGAACUGCUGCCUCCUUUGGAGGCGUUUUUCUCUCUUCUGAGGCGCGCGAGCGCCUCGCAGAAGCGUUUUCGCUUCUUCUUCCGGAGUCCAGACGCCGCGCCGACGUCGAAGUUCGCCGCCUGGCUGCUGCACGCGUUUGACCAGCUUCAGGCGAUUCUCGAGGACCUCCUGGAGUCGGAGACUUGCGAAGAAGAACGUCAAGCGACGGCUCUGCGUUUUUUCAUGUGCCUCUUCCUGCACCAACAUUCUCUCGAGCUCGGCUCCCAGAACGCAUCUCGACCUGAGAAAGGAUCCUUCCCCCUCGCGAGUUUCCAGCGUCUCGUGGCGAGGCUUCUCCGCUCUGCGCGCUUCGCAGCUUUCCAGGAUGUCCUCCUCUCAGACUAUUUGUGCAAGUUCGCAGAUCUCCGCUACUACUUCCUCGUUGUCCUCCGAAAAAUCCUUUCCGAGCACCGGAGACAGACGCCAGCAGGCGCUCCGCCGCAGCCUGCAGAGGCCGAGGCCGAGUUGACAGAUUCGGCGCUUCCGCUCGAAGACCCGACGGAGGGCAAAUGGCAUGCGUGGAAAGCUGAGGAUCUUCUGGAGCUCGCGAGACGCGUGUUUCCCAUUUUGGUCGGUUUGCCGGCGCCUGAGGCGACGAAAAAAGCAAAGUUCCGCGGAGCGACGAGAGGCGAGGAGGAGAACGCGAGCGAAGUCGACCUGCCGGACUCGGACGCAGAGGAGACGGCUGCUUCUUGUUCGCGGGAGAACGCCUCGGGAGACUUCUUCCUCUCCAACGUCAAAACGACCAAGUCCGGGGACGCUGCGCUGUACAGGUCGCUUUUCCAGGAGGUUUGGUUGCUGUUUCUGCGCAAUCUGCCUAGAGACUCGAAACUGACGCAGAGUCUGCUGCAUGCAGUCCCUCGAGUUCUCUUGCCGCACAUGGCGAAUCCGUUGCUGCUCGCAGAUUUCUUUCUCGACGCCUUCCACGCGUCCGACCAGACGGUCUCCGUCGCGGUCCUCGCACUGUCAGGUCUCUUCUUCCUCCUCGCGAAACACCGACUCGGCGACCCAGACGCCUUGGCUGCUGCGGAGGUUGCGGAGAGGUCCGAUGGCGCGUCGCCUGCGGAGGACGACGCAGGCGAGCCUGCGAGUUCCAGAAAAGUCUGCUUCCACUUCUACCAGCGACUCUUCCAGAUGCUCACGCCUGCAGCCUUUGCCGUCGCGAAGAACGGCCGCUUCCGCCGUCUGUUGAACGCCGCGCUUCGCAGCUCGCUGCUCCCGAACAGCCUGGUUGCAGCCUUCAUCAAGAAAUGCGCGCGAGUCGCCUGCCUUGUGCCCCCGGCGACUGCGCUGUACCUCGUCGCUCUCGUCUACGCCCUCUUGAAGAAGCAUGGAUCCGUCUGCGUGUCGCUGGUCGACGUCCAUCCCUCUCUCGCCGCGCAGCUCUCUGUCGCCGGCGACGCCUUCGACUUCAAUCACCUCAGCCUGGCGCCGCCGCCGGCGGGAGGUGUCUCUGGAGACGCGGAGACAGUGGUGCCGACAGGUCCCCCGGCGAGAGACGCCUUCUGGGCGGGAGUCCUCCAGCGGUGUCUGCCGACGCAUGCAAAGGUCGAGAAGGCAGGCGUCCUUGCGUGCGUCAAGCAGCAGGCGCAAAUGUCUCUGUGGGAAGUGGACUUGCUGCGGAACCAUUUUUUCCAUGCAGUCAGACAGCUCUCUUGCAUGUUUGACAGCGACGUGACGAAGCCAUGCGGGAACGAAGUCGACGUAAACGACUAUCUGAGUCUGGAUUUCGAAGCCAUUCUCGCGCGCGAGCUGACGCGCGCCGCGAAAGCCGACUCUGCGGCCGUUGUGUUCAAGAAGGAAGAACACAGCCCAGCAGACAUUGAACGCCUUGCAAGCGUCGCUGUCGGGUGCUUCCAGAAAAAGCGCAGAAAACUCAGGUAAUCUCGCGAGAAUAGACAGGGAAUCAGAUGUGCGUGCACGCGGAUCUCCUCCGCCCUCUGCAGUCCCUGGACGCCAGACUCUGACCGUGAGAAGCCGACGCCCGGAGAACUUCUGCGACAGGCUGAGCGGAGCCGCGUCGUCGGUGUCUGCUUUUCUUGGGAGCAACGCUGGCCUCCGUUCGCUGGCGAAAAGCUCGAGUGUCGCAUCCUGGUUGUGCGACUCUCGCGAGGAGAGAGGCGGUGUCAGAAGCCUCUCUCGAUCGCAGCUUCCUGUGCUCCUUUCGACGCGCUUCCCGAGGUGAAACGCUCUGCGAGGAGGCCGAAGAGAAACCGAGUGACCGUUGCUGCACUGAGAGAGCAACGGCAUCCCGCGAUGUCGAUCAGGCGGACCACAGAGAAGCAAAUCUCCCGAGUCUCAGUCGGCGUUCUCUAGCGUUUCUGCUCGCUCUCACUCCGUGUGACGAAGAGACGUUUUUUGAGACAAAACAGAUCAACGCUUUCGCGUCGUUCCCAAAGACGCGAAAGCCCUUCCUGAAGCUGCCUCAGGCUCAGCGUUUCUCUCGUCUAGAAUCGAGAAGAAACUGCAAACAUUUCUCUCUCGGUGAACAUGCAGAGACAGCGUCGAUACAGAUGUAGCUGGAAACUCUGGAGAACUUCCGUGUCUGUCAAAAGUAACCGUGCAGGGUGUGAGCAGUCGAAGAGACACCCGGGCGCGAGCAGUCCACAUAUGCUGCUUGCUUUCGCUAUCUGCACUCGGAAUUGGUUGUGCCAUUCCUCCGCGAAAAGCGUUUCUCGAGAAUCGUCGAACGCUACUCUCCCUAGAGCUCUUGCGACACCCUCCCACGGACGUUAGACCUGUGAAGCCUCCUUUGAUGAAAAGAAUGUUGUGGGAACCGGAAAGUUCGCUUGUCUCGCAUCCAGUCUCUGACGAACAGUCGUACGAUAAAGAGAUCUCCAUCUCUCCCAGGUUACCUCUGAUGCUCAGGGAUGCGCUACACAUCACUUGGCGACGUGGAAAUACAUGUGAGCCUGUAGGGUGUGAGUGUCUG